AUGGUGGCAGAAUAUCUCACCAUCACCAGCCGAGGAGUGAAGGCAAUUCCUCCCUCUUCCUUGAAAUUCCACCUGGACCAUUUACUUCUCUUUUUGCCUCCUGAUCAAAACCUGUCCCCUGGGCGAGAACCGACGCGAGGAAAAACACAGCGGUUCUAUCUGCAUAUAUUUGUCUCCAGUUCUCCUCCUCCUCCUCCUCCUCCCCCUCUCUCUUUCUCUCUCACUCUUUAUCUCACCUGCUUCUAUUACUGUCUUUCUCUGCCAUUCUUAGUAAUUCCUUCCAUUUUUCUUCUUUCUCCUUCUCGCUUUCUCACGCUCCCCCUCACUUUUUUCUGUCUGUCUCCCAUUUCUCGUUCUCUCUCUUCUGUCUCUCUUUUUCUCUCUUCUCUCUGUCUUUCUCUAUUUUCCUCUCUCUGUCACUCUUCCCCCUCUCUUUCUUUAUAUCCCCUUCUUGUUCUUUAUCUCUGUCCUUUUUCUUUCUUUCUUUUUCUCUCUUUUCCUUUCUCUGUCUCUCUCUCUCUCUCUUUCUCACACUUCCUCUUUCUCUCUAUUUUCUCUCUCUUUCUCUCUAUUUUCUUCUCUAUUCUCUCCCCCUUUCUCGCUCUUCUCUAUCAUUUUCUCUGUCCUAACUCUCCCUUUCUCUCUUUCCCUCUCAUUCUCUUACCCUCCAUUUAUUCUCUCCCUCCAUAUAUAUAUAUAUUCUCUCUGUUUCUAUUUCUGUAUCUCUUUCUCUAUCUUCUUCUUUCUUUUCCUCUCUUCACUCUCUCUCUCUUUCUCUCUCUCUGUUGUCUCCCUUUCUCUCUCACCUUUUCUUUCAAGUUUUUCCUUCUCUCUUUCACUUUCACUCUUUCUAUUCUCUCUCUCUCUCUCUCGCCAUUUUUCUAUCUUCCUUUCUCUAAUUCUCUCACUUUUCUCCCUUUCUCUGUCCUUCUUACUCUCUUUAUCUCUCUCACUUUUUCCCUCUCUAGUCUCUCUUUCUCUCUCUUCCUCUCUCUUAUUCUCUUUCAAUUAUAUGGAUUCUCUUUUUAUUCUCACAUUUCUCUCUCUCUCUCUAUCACACUCUCUCUCUAUCUCUCUCUAUCUCUCUCUUUCUAUCGCUCUCUUUAUUUCUCUACUCUUUCUAUUUUUUCUUCCUCAGUUUUUCAUCCCUUUUUCUCAUUGUCUAUUCAUUAUCUUCCUCUCUUUUCUAUUCCACCCCAUAACUUUCAGCCUUCUCAUCCAAUUUGUAUUACAUCGAUAUUAUAUUGUUCAUUCUCUCCUUGUUACUGUUUUUCCAUCUUUUCCCUUUUCUCUUAUUCUCAAAUCUGGUCCACUCAGCCUCUUUCUAGUUCAAUUCUCCUUUCCUUCAUUCCCCCUCGUUAUAUUUCUCUUCUUUCUCUCUACCUUUUCUUUUCCUCCAAUGUUUUACUCUUUUUCUUUCUUACGUCUCCUCUUCAUUUCUCUCUCGUCAUUCUUCCUCGUCCUCUUAUCGCUACUCCUUUUUUUCCAUCUUUCAAAACCUUCAGUCUCUCUUUUAUUUUCCUACAUCUAUUUUCUUUUUACUGUCUCUUACUCUUCGUUUCAGUAUCCCCAUUCUCUGUUAGUUGCUCCUCCUACUUCUGCAUCGUCUCCUACUCCUCUUUUGUCAACUACUCUACCAGCGCCUCCUACUUCUGCAUCGUCUCCUACUUCUAUUUAUAUUCUCUUUAUUCCUCCUCCUAUCCUUAUUUUCUUUUCCUUCUUCAUUUCUAUUGUCUCUGUUUUCUAACUCCACUUUCUUCUACCUCGAUUCCUUUUCUUUUUCUCUUCCUCCCCCCCAUCUAUUCCUUUCCUGCUCCUCCCAUUUAUUCUUUUCCUCCUCCUACACUCAAUUCGUUUCCUCCUCCUCUCAUAUAUCUCUUUCCUCCUCCUCACAUCUAUAAGGUUCCUUCUCCUAUAUAUUCUUUUCUUCCUCCUCCCAUCUAUUCUUUUCCUCCUGCUCAUCCUCUCAUGUAUUAUUUUCCUUCUUCUCCUCCCAUCUAUUCUUUGCUCCUACUCAUCCUCUCAUCUGUUAGCUUCUUCCUCCCCCUCCGAUCUAUUCAUUUCCUCCUACUCAUUCUCUCAUCUAUCAUUUUCCUUCUCCUCCUCCUAUUUAUUCUUUUCCUCCGACUCAUCUAUAAUUUUCCUCCUCUCCCUCCCAUCUAUUCUUUCUCCAACUCAUCCUCUAAUCUAUUAUGUUCCUCCUCCUCCUCCUCCUCCUCAUCACAUCUAUUCUUUUCCUCCGACUCAUACUCUCAUCUAUUAUCUUCCUCCUCCUCUUCAUCACAUCUAUUCUUUUCUUCCGACUCAUCCUCUCAUCUAUUAUCGUCCUCCUCCUCCUCCUCCCAUCUAUUCUUUUCCUUCGACUUAUCCUCUCAUCUAUUAGUUUCCUCCUCCUCCUUCUCCUCCUCCUCCUCCCAUCUAUUCUUUUCCUUCGACUUAUCCUCCCAUCUAUUAGUUUCCUCCUCCUCCUCCCAUCUAUUCUUUUCCUUCGACAUCCUCUCAUCUAUUAUUUUCCUCCUCCUCCUCCUCCUCCUCCCAUCUAUUCUUUUCCUCCGACAUCCUCUCAUCUAUUAUUUUCCUCCUCCUCCUCCUCUUCCUCCUCCUCCCAUCUAUUCUUUUCCUCCGACUCAUCCUCUCAUCUAUUAUUUUCCUUCUCCUCCUUCCAUCAAUUCUUUUUCUUGUCCUAUCCACCCUCCUCUUAUAUUUGUUCUUUUUCUACUGCUUCUACUCCUAUCUCUUUCUAUUCUCUUUUUUCCCCCUCCUCCGCCUGUUGUUCUCUUUUCUUUUCUUCAUCGUUCAUCAUUUAUUUCUUUCUAUACCCUCCUUCUAUAUUUCUUCUUUUGGUUGUCUGUGUCCUAA